AUGUCGACUGUCCCGAGAACUGUGAACGCCUACCCGAGCCGUCGGGCAAGACUGUGCCAUGCCAAUACGAAUCUCGCCCGCUCAGUGAAGAAGACGUGGAAGUCAAGGUAUCUGCGGGUCGGACAUUCGCCACCUCGACAGCGGCUGGAAACCAACGAUGUAUCCAUGUGUGUUUGGCCACGAGAUCAUCGGCCAUGUAAGGAGUGUGCUGACAGUGAAAACACCUUCUGCAACCGCUCCGUGAUCACUUACGAUGCCCAGUACGAGGACGGUUCCAUGGCCCUGGUGACCGUGUGGGUGUCAUCGGUAUCGGUGGACUGGGGCCAUCUCGCUAUCCAGAUCAUCCGUGCGUUGGGUGCUACCCCAGUGGCAUUCUCGCGAUCGGCCAACAAGGAGAAGGAGAUCCGUGACCUUGGUGCCAAGGAAUUCUACAACUUGAGUGACCCCGAGGAUCAGGAGAAGGCUGCGAACUCAGUCAACGUGUUGUUGUUGACGGCUGAUGCCACUAACUUGCCGUACAACACGUACUUGACGCUCGUGAAGAAGCGCGGCACGUUCAUCAUGGUUGGUGUCCUUAAUGAAGAGGUCAAGUUUAAGCCAAUGUUUGUGGUGGCCAAGGGCAUCCAGUGGGACAUGCUGGCAUUGUCGUCAGAGAAGAGUGUGCCUGCUAUCGUCCAGCAGAUACCCAUGAGCAAAGUGAGCGGAGGCAUCGCAAUGAUGCAGGAAGGGCGUGUUCGAUACCGUGUUGUGCUUGAGAAUUAA